AUGAAUUUAACGGAUCUUCCGGUGAUUGGUAACAAGUUUAAUUGGUUCAAUUCCAAUGGCAAAUGCAGAAGUAGAUUGGACAGGUUUUUGGUGGAUGAUACUGCAAUAUCAAUGUUGUCUCUGAUAAAUCAAUUGGUGGGCGAUAGAGAUAUUUCAGACCACAGGCCUCAGUCGUGGAGUUCCUACCAUGUAUCAGGUUCUUACUAUAACAUUCCGAUAAAGAAAUUAUCUGCCUUAAAAAGUGACAUUCGGAUUUGGAACCGUAAUGUUUUCGGCUGGCUAGACUUAAAGUUAGAAGAGAAGGUUUCUAACCUUAAUUUGUUAGAGUUGGACAUCGACUUGAUCUCUAUCUCCAACAACGAAGAGUUGAACAAGGAUAGAUUGAGAAACUAA